CGCCCUGGCGCGGGGAGCGCUCCGCGGCGGCGGGGGUAUGAGCGCGGCACCGCGCGGGAGGCACUGAGACGCCGAGCAGCCUCUCACCAUGACCAAGUCGUACAGCGAGAGCGGGCUGAUGGGCGAGCCCCAGCCGCAGGGGCCCCCGAGCUGGGCGGACGAGUGCCUCAGCUCGCAGGACGAGGAGCACGAGGCGGACAAGAAGGAGGAGGACCUCGAGGGUCUGCACGCCGAGGCCGAGGAGGACUCGCUGCGGAACGGCGAGGAGGAGGACGAAGAGGACGACCUGGACGAGGAGGAGGAGGAAGAGGAGGAGGAGGACGACGACGACCAGAAGCCCAAACGGCGGGGUCCCAAGAAGAAGAAGAUGACCAAGGCGCGCAUGGAGCGGUUCAAGCUGCGGCGCAUGAAGGCCAACGCGCGGGAGCGCAACCGCAUGCACGGCCUGAACGCCGCCCUGGACAACCUGCGCAAGGUGGUGCCCUGCUACUCCAAGACGCAGAAGCUGUCCAAGAUCGAGACGCUGCGCCUGGCCAAGAACUACAUCUGGGCGCUCUCCGAGAUCCUGCGCUCCGGCAAGAGCCCCGACCUGGUCUCCUUCGUGCAGACGCUCUGCAAGGGCUUGUCGCAGCCCACCACCAACCUGGUGGCCGGCUGCCUGCAGCUCAACCCGCGGACCUUCCUGCCCGAGCAGAGCCCCGACGCGCCGCCCCCGCUGCCGCCGCCCGGCGCCCCCUUCGCCGCGCACCCCUACCCCUACCAGUCGCCGGGGCUGCCCAGCCCGCCCUACGGCACCAUGGACAGCUCCCACCUCUUCCACGCCAAGGCGCCGCCCGCCUUCGGCGCCGCCCUCGAGCCCUUCUUCGAGGGCGGCCUCGAGUGCGGCAGCCCCGCCUUCGACGGCCCGCUCAGCCCGCCGCUCAGCGUCAGCGGCAACUUCGCCUUCAAGCACGAGCCCGCCGCCGACUUCGACAAGGGCUUCGCCUUCAGCGUGCACUACCCCGCCGCCGCCCUGGCCGCCGCGCCCGCGCACGCGCCCGUCUUCGCCGCCGGCGCCGCGCGCUGCGAGCUGCCCGUCGAGGGGCUGCUGCCCUACGAGGGCGCCCCGCACCCGCACCCGCACCCGCACGCCGAGCGCGGCCUCGGCGCCCCGCUGCACGCCAUCUUCCACGACUGAGCCCCGCCGGCCGAGGCGGCCCUGCCGUCGCCGCUGCCUUCGGGGGGCCCCGCCGCGGCGCCCCCCCCCCCCCCUCCGCGGUCCUUGCCGUCGGUCUGCCGCAGGGGCGCUCGGAGCGCGCCAAUCUUCUGAUCGGGAUAACAAAAAAUCACGAGCAAUAAUUAGGAUCUAUGCAAUUUUUAAACUCGCGAUGGGCCAAUUACAAAAUAUAUAUGAAAUCUAUAUUUUUCAACCAACGUUUUACUACUUGUUACCUUUCCCGUGCUGAAUUAUUUUGUUGUGAUUUUGUACAGAAUUUUUAAUGACUUUUUAUAAUGUGAAUUUCCUAUUUUAAACCAUGCAGCUUCAUCAAUUUUUAUACAUAUUGGAAAGGUAGAAUUAUAUCUAAUUUAUACAAAAUAAUUUAACUAAUUUAAACCAGCAGAAAAGUGCUUAGAAAAGUUAUGUUGCCUUAGCACUUGGUUCCUUUCAAAUAGUUAGAAAAAUGCACAAUCCGGGCAAUUUCUUUCCCAUGAAAGUCUUGUUUUUUUCCUCUCUCUCUCUUGUUUUUUUUUCUUUCUUUUCCCCUACAACAAGAACCAGAUCCCUAGGUCUUGAGAAGAUAUAAGAACGAGAGACUUAUUUUCUAUUAAAACAUAUCAGUUCAACACAUUACUUGCACAAACUUGUAUAUAAAUAUUAUAAGCAAAUGCCAACGCCCUUUUUAAAUCAAAAGCUGCUUGACUAUCACAUACAAUUUGCACUGUUUCUUUUUAGUCUUUGAACCCCUUUGCAUUCCGUGAUUUUUUUGAAGAGAACUUGAAGAUAUUAAUGUUUCCAGACGAUAUAAAUGCAUGAUUUUAUACAUAUUCACACAAUCCGUGGUUGUCAUAUACUCAUAUUAUAAAUCGGAGCCUAAAACUAAUCAGGUUGUUAAAGUUGGGCUAUAUACCUAUUGUAGUCGAUUAGUACGGUAGCUUAAAACAAAUUCAAACCAUUUAAUCCGUAAUUAGAACAAUAGCUAUUGCAUGUACAAUGCAGUCCAGAAUAAGUGCUGUUUGAAAUGUAAUGCUGGUUCAACUGGAAUCAAUCUGUACUGUAAUUUUGUUUGUAAUCCUGUAUGUUAUGAUGUAAUGCACACUGGGAUUUUAGAAAACAUCUAUCCUUUUGCAACAACAUAGUAUUGAACAUUUGGUCGAAUGUUGCAUUUCUCCUUAAAUGUGAUUUUUUUU